CUGCCAAGCAGAAUGUCAGCUUCCAACUUCAGUGAUGACAGUCUCCCAGACACCCUCAUCCUGACAGGCAUCCCAGGGCUGGAGGGGGCCCACGUCUGGAUCGCCAUCCCCUUCUGUGCCGUGUACGUAGCACUGGCUGGGAAUGCUGCCCUCAUCCUGGUCAUUGGGACAGACAGUGCUCUUCAUGCACCCAUGUACCUCUUCCUGUGCCUUCUCUCACUCACCGACCUGGCUCUCAGCUCCACCACUGUGCGCAAGACAUUAGCCAUUUUGUGGGUCCAUGCUGGAGAGAUUUCCUUCGGUGGAUGCCUGGCCCAGAUGUUUUGUGUCCAUUCUAUCUAUGCCCUGGAGUCCUCGGUUCUUCUCACCAUGGCCUUUGAUCGCUAUGUGGCUAUCUGCGACCCACUGAGAUACACAAUCAUCCUCACCCAUACUGUCAUAGGCACUAUUAGCCUUGUUGGGCUAUUCCGUAGUGUGGCCAUUGUUUCCCCAUUCAUCUUCCUGUUGAAGCGACUGCCUUACUGUGGUCACCAUGUCAUGGCCCACACAUACUGUGAGCACAUGGGCAUCGCUCGCCUGGCCUGUGCCAACAUCACUGUCAAUGUUGUCUAUGGGCUGACUGUGGCCUUGCUGGCCGUGGGUCUGGAUGCCAUCCUCAUUGCCAUUUCCUAUGAGUCUGAGAGCCAGCCAGCAGGUGGAGGUCCCAGCCCAGGCAUCCCCAAGCACAGCACAGAGGGAUUGAAGCUGAGAAGCAAUCGCUUAGCAAUUAACACAAAAACCCUGUGA